AUGUUAUUCAACUUGGAAAAAUCUGCAGCCAAAACAAUUAGAAAGUUGCUCAAGCCUUUUGAAGUAUCAAUCUUGUAUUAUAGCUACAAGAUCCCUGGUCUUCCUUUCUCACACAUUCAGAGCUAUAGUUAUGUGAACGUGUAUAUGAAAUGGAAAAAAGAUUCAUACUAUGAAUCGAUUGAGCACAUUCACCACUCAAUUCAGCUCAAGCCCGUAAUUGCCUUAAAAAACUGCAUUACCCAGGAUCCUAAUGGGUGUAUCCCUAUCUCUGCCGUAUCUAAGAGGGGAUUACAGUUAGAUGUCCCGAUGAAGGUUGCAAGAUUUAUGAGACAAUAUCCAUCCAUUUAUGAAGAGUUUACAGGUCCUGAGUAUAAUCAUCCUUGGUUUAGGUUGACAUCUGAAGCUGCUGAGAUUGACAGGGAUGAGAAAAGAGUAUAUGAAGAAAGCAGGGAGGAAUUGCGAUCCAGGUUGAGGAAGAUGAUAUUGAUGACCAAAGAGAAUGUUCUACCUUUAAAGAUAAUUCAGGGGAUGCAAUGGUAUUUGGGGUUGCCGAAUGAUUUUUUGCAGCAUCCAGAACAAAAUCUCGAUGAAUCUUUCAGGUUUGUAGAAAUGGAAGAUGGACUGAAGGGGCUGGCUAUUGAAAGCGGAGAGAAAGUUUAUUCUAUAAUGGAGAAGAAUGCCAUGAAAAGUGCCACUGAUGUAAUUGAAUUUCCUUUUUUUCCAUCAAAGGCUUUAAGGAUGAAAAGCAAGAUUGAAAACUGGCUAAAUGAAUUUCAGAAGCUACCGUAUAUUUCACCCUAUGAAGAUUUCUCGAAUUUGGAUCCAAACAGCAACAUAGCAGAGAAAAGACUUAUUGGCGUUCUUCACGAACUGCUUUCCCUAUUUAUCGAUCAUUCAGCCGAAAGAAGAAAGCUCUUUUGUCUCAAGAAGUAUUUCGGCUUUCCACAGAAAGUGCACAGAGCAUUCGAGCGGCAUCCCCAUAUGUUUUACAUGUCUUUCAGGAAUAAAACAUGUACUGUCAUUCUUAAGGAAGCUUACUGCAAUGAAUCUGCUAUCGAGAAGCAUCCUUUAUUGAGCGUGAGGAAGAAAUACAUCAAGUUGAUGAAGGAAUCAGAAGUGAUUUUGAGGAACAGGAGGAUGGAAAAUCGAUUUUCUAGUUGUAGUGAAAAACUCACAUUAGAGUCAAAUUGA